GGGGCAAGCUGGUGAUGCGUCACAGCUCUGAAUGAAAAGAGAGACAAAAAAGGACUAAAAUAGCACCGAACCUGCGGGUUAAUGUGCACCAAUGGCCAGAAAGUCAUUUGUGGUCUCAGAGCAGAGCGGCGAAGUGCCACAGGUUCCAGAAGGCAUGGAGCCUGGGAUGAGAAAGUUCCCUGCAGCAUGCCCUGCAUGUGAGUGACCGGGAAAUCUUUACGCACAACUUUACCGUUUGGGGCAGACGCCUCUGCAAGGUUGCACCUCUGCAAGCCUCACCACGUCACUUCUCGGGUGAUCAUGAACCUGCGGCGGGUGAUGCUGAAGCGAAGACACGCCGAGAAAGCCGAGGAGAGCCAUCUUCACCGAUGAAGCAGCAGAGCUCCUCUGCGCCUCUCCUUUUACGCACGGACGAGGUGAGGACGGAGAGCAUUACAUCAAUGUAGAGGCAACACCAAUGACUCACCCGAGGUGUUGAAAGAUCUGCAGCACAAGUAGGAAGCACAACUACAGCUUUGAAGAAGUAUUUUUUUAAAAAGAAGAAGCACAUCAUGGAUGGAGAAGGAGGCUCGUCCGGGCUGGCCAAAUCAGCCGCCGUGAAACUGUCUGAGAUGGGCGAAAGAACCAAGCAGCUGGGCACAGCCAUGAGGGAUCCUCACCAGCAAAGACGGAUCAUCUUAGUGAUUGUUUGCGUGGCUCUCCUCUUGGACAAUAUGCUCUACAUGGUGAUUGUGCCAAUUAUUCCAGACUACCUGGCGGAUCUGGAGAGUGAGCAGGCGGAGCACGUCCACGUUGUGAUGCACCCCAACACUUCAGGGAACAGCACAAGUCGAGACAAAAGCAACAAGGACAAUUUAGAUCUUCAGAUAGGAGUACUUUUUGCUUCUAAAGCCAUCCUGCAGCUCUUAGUGAACCCGCUGUCGGGAACUUUCAUAGACCGGGUGGGAUAUGACAUCCCCCUCUUGAUCGGACUGACUGUCAUGUUCAUUUCCACCUGCAUUUUCGCUUUCGGGGAGAAUUACGCGACGCUCUUCGCGGCCAGGAGCCUGCAGGGGCUCGGCUCCGCGUUCGCGGACACCUCUGGGAUCGCGAUGAUCGCCGACAAGUACACGGAGGAGGCAGAGCGCAGCACUGCGCUCGGCAUCGCUCUGGCGUUCAUCUCUUUCGGGAGUCUGGUGGCGCCUCCCUUCGGGGGGGUCCUGUACGAGUUCGCAGGAAAGCGGGUGCCCUUCAUCGUGCUCGCCAUCAUCUGCUUGGCAGACGGCUUCCUGCUAUUGACCGUGAUCAAACCAUUCUCCAACAGGACUAGAGAGAACAUGCCAGUCGGCACUCCAAUUUACAAACUCAUGAUUGACCCCUACAUAGCCGUGGUGGCCGGGGCGCUGACAGUGGCCAACAUCCCUCUUGCCUUUUUAGAACCCACCAUAGCCAACUGGAUGGAGACCACCAUGCACUCCUCUCAGUGGGAAAUGGGACUCACCUGGCUCCCAGCCUUCUUCCCCCACGUCCUGGGUGUGUACAUCACAGUCAAACUGGCUGCUAAGAACCCACAUUUGCAGUGGUUCUAUGGAGCCUUAGGUAUGGUGAUCAUCGGUGCGAGCUCAUGCACUGUACCCGCAUGCAAAACUUUCGGGCAGCUCAUCGCCCCACUGUGCGGCAUUUGUUUUGGCAUCGCGCUGGUAGACACAGCUCUGCUCCCCACGCUGGCGUUCCUGGUGGACGUGCGCCACGUCUCUGUGUAUGGCAGCGUUUAUGCCAUAGCAGACAUUUCUUACUCCGUCGCAUACGCUAUGGGUCCAAUAGUCGCCGGGCAGAUCGUGCACACACUCGGUUUUGUACAACUCAAUCUGGGUAUGGGUCUCGUCAAUGUGCUUUACGCGCCAGCGCUGCUGCUGUUGCGCACCGUGUGCCAAAUGAAACCAUCCUACUCGGAGAGAGACAACCUUUUAGACGAAGCCCCACAGGGUCUGUAUGAUACUAUUAAGAUGGAGGAGAAGAGGGUCAAAAAGAAGGGCUAUAGUUCGGCGGGGAACUGCCUGUCAGUGGACGAAAACGGCUUCGACGCCUUUAGCGCACAGCGGUCCAUGUCAGCAGAGUCGUCCGGUCCGGAGUACACUUAAACAGACCGAUCCAAAACGGGAAAUUUUAUAGCCAGGAUGAGGCAAACAAGUUAUUUUUCUGUCAAUUACAACUUUUUCUGUACGUGCAAUAUAAAAACCACAACUGCGUAACGCAAUUCCCAAAGUUUGUUUUCUUUUCUCAUGUGGUUUUAUUGUGUCAAAACUGUCGAUGUGACGUUUGUCAACUGGAGUUCUGUGAACAAUUUAUCAAGACUUGUUGAAUUUGUGUGUAUUACUGAACUAUAAGAAAAAAGUAUAAAUAUAUAUAUUUAAAUGUGCAAAGAAGAGUUUGUGGGACCAAGUGAAAAGCACAUUUACCCCCCUCACACAAAAUAGCCUUCAUUUCAAAGAGAAACUUAUCAAUAUAUGCACAAUAUUUUUUUCUUUCUUUUUGAUGUGUCUUUAAAUUUGUAUGCAGUUAUUGUUCAAUUUUCAGGUAUUAGGAUUUUAUUUUGUAAGUAAAUGUACCAUAAAAAAAUGCGUAAAUUUGUACAUAUGUGGACGAACUGUUUCCAGUGAAACCUCUACAAAGUGUUGACGUGCGUGCGAGUGCGUGAGCGCAUGGUGUCAGGAUCCUUCUCCUCAAGACGAGCAAAUAUGUAUUCAUUCAAACAAUGGCUGUUUUAAUAAAUCUCUGGAUGUGUGGGAAAGUGGUGAUUUCAUUUUUUUAUAUAAUAAAUGAAAAGUUUCAAGGUUUAA